AUGAAUCCUGGGGCCAGAGCGAGACAGACAGGACCAGCGCGCGCAGGAGGACGCACCUGCGGACAGGUGUCUGACAGAACCGGCCGGAGUCCGCUGCGCUCGUUCGUCCGAAACCUCCGCCGGUUCCCGGUGUCCCUGCUGAGAGCUCUCCUCCUGCUCCUCCUGAGUCUGAUCCGGCCCAUCCGCCGAACCAUGGCGGCCAAGGCCAAAGACCGAGGGUCCGAGGGCUGCGAGGAAAUCGGAGAGCUGAUCCGAAACUACCACAAACAAGCCUUCGAGUUCAUUUCUGUGGCUCUGCAGAUCGACGAGGAUGAGAAAGGUGAUAAGGAGCAGGCGGUCCGGUGGUACAGGAAAGGCGUCGCUGAGCUGGAGAAAGGCAUCUGUAUCCAGGUCACUGGAGCUGGGGAGAAGGCAGACAGAGCCAGAAAGCUUCAGGACAAAAUGAUUAACAACCUCUCCAUGGCCAAAGACCGACUGGAGCUUCUGGGCAAACUGCUUCCAAAGUCGCCAGCAGAGGGCAGCUCUGAUCACACAAGCCUGUCUUUCUCCAACGGGAACCUGCGUCCAGUUGCAGGCGGUGGAGCGGUUUCCAAGAAGAAGGAUGCUCUCACAAUCACAAACGUGCGACCCAAAAACCCACCCAAAUCCGCCCCUGCAUCUGCCCCGCGCCGGACACCUUCGACCGGUCACAGCGGCAGGACCGGCCCUCAGAGCAACCUGAAGGGGCCCCCGGCAAGAGCCGGUAACAGACACAACACCAGCAACACCGCCACUGCGUCGCCUCAGAGGAAGAGAGACAUGAAGAACUUUAAAAACGUGGACAGCAAACUGGCCAACCUCAUCCUCAAUGAGAUCGUAGACAGCGGGGCUGCGGUGCAGUUUGAUGACAUAGCUGGGCAGGAACUGGCUAAACAAGCCCUGCAGGAAAUCGUUAUUCUGCCUGCUCUACGUCCAGAGCUGUUUACUGGUCUUAGGGCUCCUGCUAGAGGCCUCCUGCUCUUUGGCCCACCUGGAAAUGGGAAGACUAUGCUGGCAAAAGCGGUGGCGAUGGAAUCUAACGCUACGUUUUUCAACAUCAGCGCUGCCAGUCUCACCUCCAAAUACGUGGGAGAAGGUGAGAAGCUGGUUCGGGCUUUGUUUGCGGUUGCUAGGGAACUGCAGCCGUCAAUCAUCUUCAUAGAUGAGAUUGACAGUCUGCUGUGUGAGAGGAGAGAGGGAGAGCAUGACGCCAGCAGAAGACUCAAAACUGAGUUCCUUAUUGAGUUUGAUGGAGUGCAGUCAAGUGGAGAUGACCGAGUGUUGGUGAUGGGAGCCACUAACAGGCCUCAGGAGCUUGAUGAGGCAGUUCUCAGGCGAUUCGCUAAACGCAUUUAUGUGGCUUUACCUACAGAGGAGACUCGUCUGAAGCUGCUCAAGAACCUCCUCAGCAAACACAGAAACACUUUAUCUCAGAAAGAGCUGAGUCAGUUAGCCAGGAUGACGGAGGGUUACUCCGGCAGUGAUCUGACCUCGCUGGCUAAAGAUGCUGCUCUUGGUCCUAUACGAGAGCUGAGGCCUGAACAAGUGAGGAACAUGCCAGCCGAUAAGAUGAGGGACAUCUGUUUCAAUGAUUUCGUGGAUUCGCUCAAGAGGAUCAAGCGGAGCGUCAGUCCUCAGACUCUGGAUCAGUACGUGCGCUGGAACAGACAGUAUGGAGACACAACAGCCGUAUGACACCCAAACACGAGGAGGAAGGCCUUUUACUAACAAAAAAUAUAUAUAUAUAUGAAGUUUUGUCUUUUUUACGACUUUGCUUUGGCCUCUGGAGACGGAGUCGUUCGGAGCUCAGGCUGAGAUUGGUUUUC